AUGGCAGUGUUUGAAUACCGCGAAAUGUUCGUGCUGAUCCCCUUCACAGCAAUCUUCAUUUAUCUCUGGAAACGGACGCAAACCCCGAAAAAAACAUCGACGCCGACGAACUGGCCGGUCGCCGGAAUGCUGCCGGCGAUAUUGCAAAACAUCCACCAGUUGCAUUCUUACAUGACCGAUAUUCUAACCGAGCAUGGCGGCACGUUUCAAUUCAAAGGCGUCUGGUUUUCCAACACAGACAUGCUUUUCACCUCCGAUCCCAACAAUCUUCACCAUAUCUUCAGCAAAAACUUCUCCAACUACCCCAAAGGCCCCGAGUUCAGAAAAAUCUUCGAAAUCCUCGGCGACGGAAUUUUCAACGCCGAUUUCCAGCUCUGGGAGCUUCACCGGCGCCGGACGCUGUCGCUGAUGACGGACGUCAGGUUCUACCGAUUGCUGGAGGAUUCCAUCGUAAAAAAGAUCGAAACAGGACUAUUACCAGUUCUCGAUCAUUUCGCAGGCCGAUUUAUCGAAUUCGAUUUGCAGGACAUCUUCCAGAGGUUCACCUACGACAGCAUUUGCAAAUUGGUGCUGGAUCACGACCCCGGCAGCUUAACCGUCUGGCUGCCGGUGAUGCCGAGCGAGAAGGCGUUUAACGACACCGUUGACGCGCUGCUUCACCGGCAUUUCCUGCCGGAGUUUGUCUGGAAGCUUCAGGGAUGGCUCGGGAUCGGGAAAGAGCAGAGGCUCGUCGAAGCCGGGCAGGCUUUCGACGAGUUCAUUUAUCCGGUUGUCGAUUCUAGGAUGAAUUCGAAGGAAGGAGGCGAUGGUUUUAACAUUCUUACAUCCUUCCGGAAGGCGUAUGAAGAGACGAAUGGUCGAAACCGGCCUGAUAAGACGCGGGUGUUUCUCCGGGACACUGCCCUGAAUAUGAUGUUCGCGGGUCGCGACACGACGAGCACCGCUCUUACGUGGCUGUUCUGGCUGAUCACAACGAAUCCCGAAUCGCUAUCCAAGAUCCGCGACGAGAUUGAAAGGGUGCUCGAGUUAAACGAGGGGGAGAAUUUCGGGGCAUUCGGGGCAGAGGAGUCUCGGAAAUUAGUGUAUCUCCACGGCGCAUUGUGCGAAUCGCUGCGGCUGUAUCCUCCGGUGGCGUUGGAGCACAAAGCGCCUAUCAGGCCGGAUAUUCUCCCGAGCGGGGAUUCUCUUGCGCCGCAUAGUCGGGUGAUUGUUUCUUUCUAUUCGAUGGGGAGAAUGGAGAGUUUGUGGGGGAAGGACUGCCUCGAAUUCAAGCCCGAGAGAUGGAUAUCGGCUCGUGGGGGAAUUCAGCAUGUGCCAUCUUAUAAGUUCCCGGCGUUCAAUGCCGGGCCGAGAACUUGUCUCGGCCGGGACAUGGCCUUUAUUCAGAUGAAAAUGGUGGCCGUGGCGAUUAUACAUAGUUAUGAUAUUCACUUAAUCGAGGGUCACCCGGUGACUCCUCGUGACUCCGUCAUAUUGCAAGCCGAGCACGGACUCAGAGUCCGUCUCUCUAAAAGAUAG